AAUACGUUUGACAACCGGCCUCAGCUGUUUAUUUGUGAAAUUUCGUAUAAGUUUCUAUGUUUAUGAGUAAUUUAUAUGUGAUUUCGUUUGUGUUUUUUCGUAGAUAAUAAGCAAUCAUUUAAUGUGUGAACCGUGUAAGACACAAUAUAAUAAACGCUCGCAAUUCAUGAAAAAUACGUAAGCGCGGGAAGUGAUUUGAAAGUGAUUCACAGUGAUUUGUUUACAAGUAAUUAGAAACAAUGGACUCUCAAAUCGAAAUAUCCGACGAUGACGACAGUUUCAAUGGGCCUGGUUGCUCAAAAACUGUUGAUAAGAACCCUGUCGAUGGUGUAAUAGCUAUAAGUAGUGAUGAAGAAUUUAAUACAUUGUCCUAUGACAACGACUUAAUUUCUGAUGAUGAAAAUAGUUCCGAAGUAAUUGCCAAGAAAAGGGCAGCUGUUAAAUCCUUGUUUUCCUCUAAAAAUCGUCGAGGAAAGGGAAAUAAUAGUAGUAAACAGAGAAAAGCUGCCGUUAAGGCAUUGUUUUCUCAAAAACAGAAUGUCAGUGCACCUGUAGCAAAGCCUGUGAAGUCUAGACCACCUAUAGAACCUCCUAAGGAUGUAUUCAAUAGAAUGAUUGAAGGAGUCAAUGUUAUGUUGCCCGUCAAUCCUUAUGGCAGUCAAGUCGCAUUAAUGUCCAAGAUAAUAACUGCUAUCAAAAGGAAAGAAAACUGCAUACUGGAAAGUCCGACAGGUUCGGGAAAGACGCUUGCGCUACUCUGCGGAGCUUUAGCAUGGCAGCAACAUGAACAAAAACAAAUGGGCCAAGCUCAAGCGCAGCAAUACUUCACAAAAUAUCCAGAGCUGAAGAAGGAAGGAGUAGCAGACUACAUCAGCAGUCCAAUUCACCAGAAAACUGAUGUUACUCCAGAGAAACUCUUCAGUAAAAAUAAUUUUGGAGAGAAGAACAUUUAUUUCAAACCCGAAGAAAAUGGUGAAAGCAGUUCAUCGAGCGUACGUCAGGAUAAAACUCCGUACACACAGAUAUCGGAAGAAGAAUCACCGUGUAAUCAAGUAACAAUACACAAACGACCUCGGUUAGGGUCCAGGGAAUACGAAGAUACCGCCAAAUUCUCACUACCCCAUACUCCUGAAAAAGCUGCCACUACUGAAAACAACGAAAAGGCAGAAACUCCUGAAAGUAUAAGCCUCCCAACGAUAUACUACGGGGCCCGCACUCAUACGCAGAUCAAACAAGUUGUCAAAGAGUUUAAGAGGACCUCUUACUGUGGAAUGGCCAAGAUGACACUCCUCUCCAGCCGCGACAAGAGCUGUAUUAAGGAGUUUGACAGGAGUCUCUGGAGUUCCCGAAAUGAUAUGUGCAGGGCUUGUGUUAAGCCUAUAAAAACAGGUGAAAACAAAGAAAACUCAAAUUGCAUGUUCUACGACAACAGAACAGCUCUGACCCACAGUUGCAUGCCAGCUGCAUUUGAUCUUGAAGACUUGGUGGAAAUCGGAAGGGAGAAGGAAGCCUGCCCAUACUAUGGAGCGAGGGCCAUGGCGAAAACCUCUCACAUUGUAUUCUGCCCUUACAACUAUCUAAUUGAUCCGAGCAUUCGAAGUAGUCUAUCAAUAGACCUGAAGGGCGCAGUAGUCAUUAUAGACGAGGCGCACAACAUCGAGGGAAUAUGUCGAGAUGUGGCCUCUGUUGAUAUCACCCAGCUACAGAUUCAAAACGCCAUCGUGGAGUUGGAGAAAGUGUCCCAGUAUCGCGUGGCCAACCAGGACAUUGAGUUCUACAUCGAUGGGUUGAUUGCCACACUCAAAAAUUGGGACUACUGGUUUGAAAACCAGAUCCCGUUAAUAAACCAACAACCGGUAAACAACAACGAGGCGAUAUACAAAUGGGAGGCUCAACCCUUCGUCAACACGCUGAACAACCAUAACAUUGGCUAUGUGCAAUACGCUGACUUCAAACGCAACUCGGAGAAUUUCUGCCGCAGAUUGCGCGAGGACCCGCGGACUUUGUUCGGAGUGUCGCAGGCGACUGGCACACUGCUGGAGUCUAUGGAGAUGGUGCUAGGAUUCCUGUUCCGCGACCACUGCCAGCAUAUGGACGACUUCAAGCCGGCCCUCAUCAAGCAUGUCUCCGGUAAGACUAGCGCGCCCUCUGCCAACACUGGCUGGAGAACUUCGCAGUUUAACAAUUGGGUGACGAAGGAGACUCUUACUCUAUCCCUGAUCUGCAUGAACUCCGGCAUAGUGAUGCAGGAGCUGCAGUCAGCUCGAUGCAUCGCGCUGGCCUCCGGCACCCUCACACCCCUCAUCAGCCUGCACUCCGAGCUGGAGACCACGUUCCCUCAUAGAGUGUCCCCCAACCAUGUCAUACCGGAGGAUAGGGUAUGGAUAGGCACGUUGGUGGGUGACGCGGAGGGCGAGGUGUGCUAUAACGCGGGCGGGGCGCGGUCAGUCCGCGGGCGGCGCGCGCUGGGCGCGGCCGUGCUGCGCGUGUGUCGCGCCGCGCCGCACGGCGUGCUCUGCUUCCUGCCCUCCUACUCGCUGCUCGACACGCUCGUCGCUGAAUGGCAGGACACAGGAGUGUGGCACGAGCUAAACCAGCUGAAGAACGUCUUCUGCGAGCGACGGAGUGACAGGGACCAUGAGGAGACUAUGAAUGACUUCUACCAAACAGUAGGUACUCCGAAAGGCGCGUUACUGUUCGCGGUGUACCGCGGCAAAGUCUCCGAGGGUAUGGACUUCAAAGAUCACCAGGCGAGAGCUGUCAUCUGUGUGGGUGUACCAUACCCGAAUCUCUACGACACUGGUGUCAGCGCUAAGAUGCAGUACAACGACAAAUAUGUCAAGGACAAAAACUUACUUAGCGGCAAGGAGUGGCUCCGAGUGCAAGCUUACAGAGCACUGAACCAGGCGGUAGGGCGAUGCGUGCGUCACCGCGGGGACUGGGGCGCCGUACUGCUCGUGGACUGCAGGUACCGCCAGGAGUACUACACCGAGCAUCUCUCCAAGUGGGUCAAGCGAUUUCUGGGCAACAACCACCACACCUACGAGUCGCUGGCGACAAGCCCCAACGGCCUGACAGCGUUUAUGCAGAAAAUGAAAAUUGUCGAAGAGGAAGAAUCUUUAAAAAGCUGAGAAACACCUAGUGUUGUAAUAUUAGGGCCUAGACUUAAAACAAUGUUUUUUUUUUAAUCCAAAGGAUAAUUUUGUAAUAUUUUGUAGGAUUAUUAUUAAUCAAUUUAAAAUUAAGUGUUUAACUGUCGAAGUUUGAACAAUGUAUGGUAUAUUUUUGUAUCAACGAGAUCUAUGUUAUUAUAACUGUGUAUAUUAUGAAAAUUG